AUGGCUACUCCUGAACGCGAGAAAUCCAUCUCCAGCUCGUCAUCCACCGCCGACGAAAACCAACAGAGGACCGCAGAGCCGGAUCUAGAGAAGAAUCCCACGCACGCAAGUGCCGCACCAUCAAGCCUGGUCCAGCGGCGCUUCCCCGAAACCGACCUAGAUCGCGGCGUGGUAGGAUGGGAGGGACAGGAUGACCCGAACAACCCGCAGAACUUUACGACUGGUCGUAAAUGGGGACUUAUAGGGCUGAUUAGCGCGUUCACCUUUAUAUCGCCUCUCGCAUCGAGCAUGUUCUCCCCAGCAGUGAGUUAUGUGGCUGGUGACCUGAACGAAACGAACGAGACGAUCCUGUCUUUCACAGUUAGCAUCUAUAUUUUGGGAUAUUCCUUCGGACCCCUCUUCCUCGCCCCGUUGAGCGAGAUAUACGGCCGCCGAAUUGUGCUCGGCGCUGCAAACUGGUUCUUGGUUGUUUGGCAGAUUGGAUGUGCCCUUGCGCAGAACAUCGAAACGCUCAUCAUCUGUCGGUUCUUCGCGGGUAUCGGAGGAUCCGGCUGUAUAACCCUGGGAGCCGGGGUCAUUGCAGACCUCAUGCCAAUCGAGAAACGCGGAAUGGCAACGUCUAUCUGGGCCAUGGGCCCGUUGAUGGGCCCUGUGGUCGGACCUAUUGCGGGUGGCUUCUUGGGCGAAGAAGUCGGUUGGAGAUGGGUCUUCUGGGUGCUCCUCAUUGCGAGUGGAACCAUGGCAUUUGGGAUAGAGCUUCUCAACCAGGAGACGUAUGCACCGGUGCUUAUUCGGCGGAAAACAGCAAAGCUGGCAAAGGAGCUCGGGAGGAGCGAUUUACGGAGUGCCUACGAUGGCAGUGAGGUCGCGUCGACCAGUCAGAUUCUGAUCCAAGGGCUGAAAAGGCCGGUCUUGCUGUUCGUGAAGUCGCCCAUUGUCCUGCUUCUUUCGCUGUAUAUUGCGCUUGUAUACGGCCUUCUCUAUCUCUUCUUCACCACCAUACCCACCGUAUUCAAGACACAGUACGGUUUCUCGACAGGACUCUCCGGGCUUGCCUAUCUAGGCAUUGGCAUCGGUUUCCUAUUCGGCCUAGGACUCGUGGCCGCCACCAACGACCGGAUCGUGGUGAAACUGACGAAGCGCAAAGGCAAAUACGAGCCGGAGAUGCGCCUCCCGUUGAUGAUCUUCUUCUCGUGCAUCCUCCCGAUCAGCUUCUUCUGGUACGGCUGGACUGCUGACAAGCACGUGCACUGGAUUGUGCCCAUUAUCGGGAUGAUGCCGUUCGGCAUUGGCAUGAUGGGCGUCUAUCUGCCUGUCCAGGCGUAUGUGAUCGAUUGCUAUUCUGCGCACGCGGCGUCCGCAAAUGCGACGCUGACAGCCACGCGAUCGCUGGUGGGAGCCCUUCUCCCGCUUGCUGGUCCGGCUAUGUUCGAUGCCCUUGGUCUGGGGUGGGGGAAUUCACUGCUCGGCUUUCUGGCGCUGGCGUUUGUGCCUAUCCCGUUGUUUUUUACGCGGUAUGGCAAGGUGAUUCGCGAAAAAUGGCCGGUGAAGCUGUAA